AUGUCUUUCGUCAAGCUUUCCAUCUUCGGAACCUCCUUCGAGGUUACGACAAGAUAUGUGGACCUCCAACCCGUAGGAAUGGGUGCCUUCGGUCUAGUAUGUUCGGCAAAAGACCAGCUGACCGGCGCGUCUGUGGCCGUAAAGAAGAUCAUGAAGCCGUUCAGCACACCGGUACUCUCAAAGCGGACAUACCGCGAACUUAAACUGCUCAAGCAUAUUCAGCAUGAGAACAUUAUCAGCCUCAGCGACGUCUUCAUCUCGCCUUUAGAGGAUAUCUACUUCGUCACCGAACUACUUGGUACCGAUCUGCACCGUUUGCUUACAUCACGACCUUUGGAGAAGCAGUUCAUCCAGUACUUCUUGUACCAGAUCUUGCGCGGGUUGAAAUAUGUACAUUCCGCCGGUGUCGUACAUCGUGACCUCAAACCCAGCAAUAUCUUGGUGAACGAGAACUGCGACUUGAAGAUCUGCGAUUUCGGUCUGGCAAGGAUACAGGAUCCCCAGAUGACGGGCUACGUGUCGACACGAUACUACCGCGCACCGGAGAUCAUGCUCACCUGGCAAAAGUACGACGUCGCGGUGGACAUCUGGAGUACGGGCUGCAUCUUCGCCGAGAUGUUGGAGGGGAAGCCAUUAUUCCCGGGCAAGGACCACGUCGACCAGUUCUCAAUCAUCACACAAUUGCUCGGUACACCUCCGGACGACGUGAUCCAGACGAUCUGCAGCGAGAACACGCUCCGGUUCGUGCAGAGCUUGCCGAAGCGCAAGCGCGUCCCCUUCAGCGAGAAGCUGAGGUGUAACGACGAGACGGCGCUGGACCUGCUCGAGAAGAUGCUCGUCUUCGACCCGGUGAAGCGUAUCAACGCCGAGCAGUCCCUCGCACACGAGUACGUCGCACCGUACCACGACCCGACGGACGAGCCGGUCGCUGGCGAGAAGUUCGACUGGAGCUUCAACGACGCCGACUUGCCCACGGAUACGUGGAAGGUCAUGAUGUACAGCGAAAUUCUGGACUUCCAUCAGGUCAGCGACGGUGGGAACGGUGUUGUCGCCGAGGGCGCUCUCGCGGGACCGGACGGCGGCAUUCGCGCCGCAGAGUAA